CCCUCCUAGAACCGGGCUCUACUGCGCGCACUGAGGCUGAUGUCAGCAGUGGCGUGUUGGAAGAUGUUAUCUAGCUGCUUGUGUUCUGUAAAGUAGCCCAGCUUCUCUCCUUGAAGGAACGUAUUCUUCUCCAGAUGAACCUCAUUGGGACCUACCAGCAUCCCCCCUUCCCGUUUAUUCCCCGCUGCCAUCAGGAUACCCCAUAUUUCCCAGGCUGGGGGACGAGUCCUGGCCCUGCCCCCCCUGUCCCGGGGCAGGAGGGUCAGGUUUGCGCCCCGGGCCGCAGAAAAGAGCGCAGACGGACGGAAAGCAUGAACUCGGCCUUCGCCCAGCUCAGAGGCUGCAUCCCCAACGUCCCCUCAGAUACCAAACUGUCCAAAAUCAAAACCCUCCGCCUCGCCACCAGCUACAUCGCCUACCUCAUGGACGUCCUGGCCAAAGAGUCCGGGGGUCAGGAGGCCUUCAGGGCUGAGAUUAAGAAAUACGACGGCAGGACGCUGAAGAGGAAGCGGGACACGGCUGCAGGUCUGGACUGCUCGGUGAAGCUGAAGUUCGGCUCCAGGUCCGGUUGGCCUCAGCAGGUCUGGGCCCUCGAGCUCGACCCGUGAUGUCAUCUGUCCCGUCUGACUCGUGUUGAGAGCGACGAGCAGCGAAGCUUCAAAAAUCCAGACUUUUUAUUUAAGAGAGAAACAGAUCUUACAUAAUAAUAUUAAUAAUAAUAAUAAUAAUGCUGAUUGAUUUUACCGUGGGUUGGAAUUACCGCGCUGCUUCUGGACUCUGGAAUAAAACAAUGGAAUUAAUUCAUUUCUACCUCAUCAACUGACCGGAGGAGACAAACUAAAGCCAGGCUGGACACCAGGGGUCACU